CUUUCUCUGCAUAGUGCAUAGUGCAUGUCGUUUCAGUUCCUUAAUCCUUUCUACUACAGCUCAGUAUUCUGCGUUUGCACGGUAUAGAAAUAGUAAAAGGGUGAGUACCACCCAAAUUAAUUUUUUGUGCUUUUAAGUUUAAAGUCUUCUCUGUAUUCUGAUUUUCUGAAUUAUUUUACUUUACAAGUGGAACUGUACACAGUACUCGCCUCUGUUUACUGUAUUUUGCUGCACCAUCCUUAUGCGAUCACAGCCGAUAUCCAGAAGUUUGUUUUUCUUUGAGGUCAAUGGCCAAUCAGUUUCUCGUCAGAUGAUGUUCUGAUGCUUAAACACUUCCUUCCGGUAGUCCUCUCGAUCGUAUUUCAAACGCCGGCCCGUCCAUUGUUCCCGCCCUUGGAAUUUAUGGCUGUAACUAACAUUUCGCUUAAAUCGUUUUGAGUAGAUCUACACCAGUCUUGCCUCGGAAAUUAACCUUUUUAAUUUUACAACUGAAUAGUACAAAUACGUACGUGCUGCAUUGUUAAUUUUUCAUCGUCCUAUCUAAAACGCACACGGCACACCACUGGGUGGAUGGAUCGAUAGUCCAGAGUUUCACAGCCUCACCAUUAAUACAGUUUCAUCAUCGCCCCACGGAUAAUGACCAGCGGCUCGCCUUUGUGACACGUUGCAGUUUACUAACCAAGUCAUUGAUCUUUUUGCGCACUGCAGUACAUCGUACCGGCAGGUACAUUGCACUGAGUCGACAAUGCCCAACGGAAAACAUUCGAGCCGGAACAUGCAUUUGGAGUUUUCUGAUGCAGUGGAGCGCAUUGCCCAAAUUGUCAGGGCAACUGGCGUGUCUUCAUUGUGUCAUGGAAAAUCCUUAGCAAAGUUCUUUAAAUUACUUGGCUCAAGAACAGUUCAACACAAAGCCAGGGUUAGCAUGCAUUACGCUUAUGCAGCUGUGGCUUGGAGCAGUCAGCGCAGCAAUGCUGCUGACUCUCGGUCGCUUAAAGAAGUAGUUUCUUCCUUUCACGAUCCUGCUGUGGAGUUUCAGGACGUGCACAAAGCUUUUUCUAAGAUUUGUACGUUCGAUCGUAAAACAGCCAAGGAAAACGUUCAACCAAACGUCGAGCACCACCGCCCGCGUGCGAAGGACGUUGCCAAUAGGCUUUGUGUCACUUUGAAUUUGCCGAAAAACCUUCGCGACAAGGUUGUCAGUUUUCUGGGUAGCAUUGAGAAUGACAUCGGAACUUUCCUUGGGGGACGUCAAUCGGACUCUCUGGCUGCCGGCACCGUUUGGGUCGCGAAGGAACAGAUGGAACUCAACCUGGAAGGCGGAUUGGGCCAACUUGCCAAGAUGACCUUAGUCUCGUCACAAGCCAUCUUAACGGUCACCAAGGACCUUGCGGGAUACCCCGGCUUCACCCAGUUGUUUUCCCCGGAAAUUAAAACGGAACCAAUGGAGACUAUUCAACAACUUCAGUUCGAGUGGAAAACAGAACCGGAAUUCAAGAUUGAAUGGACGGAUUUCUGACCUUUUGGAUUCGUAGAUGAUGGAUCGCUGUUCUAAAUACGGUAGAUUGCCGGCCCAGAGGCGUUCAGCUUCAGUACAGCAGAUUCCGAGCGAGAAGAAAAAAAUUUCAUCUUCGAUUUGCGUAAACAAAUUAAAUUAAAAAAAUACAAACAUUAUAAAAUAAAAAAAAGGAAAACCAAAAAUUGCUUGCAGUCCAAUAAAGAUGUUCUGAAAACGGGAAAGAUAAAAGGUUUUUAAAAAAGAUAAAUUGGGAAAAAAAUUGGUCCGGUAAAAUUUUUGUGUAACCGCUUGACGUCCUUGUUACCUUACUUUAAACGUAUUAAUUAGUCGUCUGUUACUCACUUUGCUUAGUUUUGAAAUCCUAACAUUUCGGUGUCAAGUCGGUGUUGACUAAUUACUGAUUGUUGUUCGUUGGAACUGUUUAAUGCACUUUGUUACUGUAAACACGUAAUACCGUGUUAAAUAUUGUUACGAUAUUACUUAUGUUUUGUUUGGCUUGCACAUCACAUUGCCACUUUUUUUAGCGAAUCUCGAUGUUAAUUAAUUUUGACAAUACUAAUAUCUGUGGCACAUAGUUUCUUGUUUUUUGCUGCUGUGGUGCAUACUUCUAUUGAUGCUUCAGGUGCAUAAUUAUUACUACGGUGUUUGGCACUGUCCUGUUAAUUCGACCUCUACUCAUGUGUGCCGAUUUUGGUUUAUGAAUACCGCUUGUAUUAGUUUGUGUUUCCGUUUUUUUGUA